AUGACAGAGUCCAUUGUCGACGAUAUCGGGCCACGACUACUGGAAAACGAGAGCCAACUUGCAUCCCUGGUUGCUGCCUACUCUGCAAUUGAGAACCUCGACGUCGCUGCCGAAUUCCUGUCUCUGCGUGCCCGUCAGACGGGGGCAACCAGUUUAAUCGACCUUGUGGACUACGCGUUUCUCCCCCCUUUCAUUCCGUCCGCCGGCUACGACUACUUGGCUAAAAUCAGACCGAGGAUGCAAGACCUGGCUAUGACUGGAGCUAUCUUCGAACCCUGGACAGCUGCGGGUGUAUACGAAGAAACGGAGAUCAACGAAUUCCUCGCGUCUCUUAAUAUACCUCAGCCAUACCACAGUCCAUUGAAUGCAUGCAUGAUUCUCUAUCAUCUAGGAGAGUUGGCGAAUAGUGCACGGGUUUCUGGUAUAUUUUCUGGAAAGAACACAUUUCUUGUCAAUGGCUCUGGUACAGGCAAAACUCGCAUCUGCUACGAGGGAUUGUGCUCUCACUGGGGCUUCUAUUUCACCUUCAAGAUGGAUAGCGGUGAAUUGGGUUCAUUCGAUAUCGAGCACCUGCUGCGUCGGUUCAAGAGCGAUGUUGUAUCUUCUCGAGAGAAAACCGCGGAAAAUGUUGAGAAGAUCACUCAUAUCUUUGGGUCCAUAUUGAUGGCGCGAUUGACCAUAUUUUUGCUCUUUCUCGAGACAGUGCAAGAGUUGGGCUUGAAUGACGACCACAAGAAGCAAUGGCUCCUUCUACAGCUCAAUCCACGUAAUUUGAGUCAGUACACCAUCGAUGCUUUCAGCGAACUGGCUCGUAUGAUCCAAGUUGGAAACACGACGAACGAAUCUCUUCGUCGCGAUAUACGUGAUGCUUUGCGAAAGAUUCAACGAGUCCUCGGAGGCAACCAAAAACUCGUGAUUGUAUUGGACGAAGCGCAGCAAGGAUUGGAAUUCCUAAGCUAUAUUUUUCGCGACAAGGAAAAAGUGCUCCAUAUCGUCAUCAAAUCGCUACAGCACUUGACGAAUGAUCAGUGCACGAUUAUUUGCUCUGGAAUCAACUUGCCUCAAUCGGAAUUCGUGGACACGAUUGGGAGCGACUUCAUCUGGACUUCUGAUACUGGGGCCUUCGAUGAUCCUGCUCAACAGGAGAGUUAUGUCCGCAAACUCUUGCCCCCGACAUUCCGCGACUCUCCUUCCGGUCAAUUUCUCGUCGCUCGCAUUUGGCGAUGGCUACGUGGAAGGCACCGAUUUACUUCAGCCUUUAUGGGUGUUCUACUUAUGGAAGGCCUUCACUACCCGCAUAACCGCCUGAACGACAUGCUCCAUGCCUUACUAGGUAUUAAACCCGUAGACGCAGCUCUAUAUUCGCGCGCCGAAGGGGUUCAUCCUCAACUUUGGCAGCACAGCCUCGCCGGAUUCAAUGUAAAUACAAUUUCCGACGAGACACGUGGUCUAUUCUUCGACAUUCUCCUGCGCUACAUGGUCACUCGAGAUGGUGCCUAUACCUUUGAAAGCGGUCAAACCAAGUUUGUUUAUGAUGGCUGGGCACGCUUUGUCGAUGAUAAUCUGAUGCAGAUUGUACUCGACGAACCCCUUGCGCUUCUCAAGAUUGCACGACAUCUGUUGCCCUUCCCCGAAACAGACGGGUUGAAAUCGUAUCAUCCAGCGACUUUUAUUCGCAGUUUACGAACAAAUGUUCCACGAACGACGGAGGGCCUGGUGCAUUGCAUUGUCUUGUACUUGUCCGAGGUGUUCAAACCACACCGUCCACUGAACAAGAUCUUCUCUUUCCCCUCUGAACCACCAUCUUGGACAGACCAGCCAGCUUCACUCGUCCGUUUCCACCGUCUCGACACCAACGAGAUUACACACUCGACAACCGCACCAUACGAUUUCGAGUCGUUCCGACCGCUCGCUGCGCGGACCACGUCUUUAGAUCAAACGCUUCAGUGGAUGGAACAUGCUGGCCAGGAAGAGCCACCAUUCUGUCUUCCAACCCACUCACCAAAUGUCGAUCUAUUCUGUGCUCUCAAGCUCGCCGACGGAUCAUUGGUUUGGGUUGCACUCAAAGCUUUCGCAACGGCGGAGUCUAUCGAUUCAGACGAUCAACUCGAAAUGGCCUUCGCAAAGCUGGAGCAUAAUCAUAUUUUCGGGGAUGUUGAUGAAACGACCCGAUCGCGCAUCGACCUGGCCAUAGACUCGCUGCCGAAAUUCAGUAGCGAUAGAUUUCUGCGGGUCGACACAUUUGACGCAGCAACUCUCAGUUUCGCAGCACUGGAGACCAAGAAAGACCAAGUGUUACAAACCGAGCUGUUUGAUGCAAUGAUUGCUGGGGUGCUUGCUGGCCAUACAGGCAAGUCGCGAUGGGAAUCGGACGAUGGAGCUCUGCAUACUGCCACCCACCGCAUCAGACAGCUUGUGCCGGAGGAGGCAGCGAUUCACCAGGCAGUGCCGACAGCGACUUGGGAUGGGCGGAUGUCAUCUGAGGAACCGUUAGUGGUUAAGCCGAAGCGAGUCAGGAACAAUAGACCGACAGCAAGCAAGUCGGCAGCAAAACCGCGAACGACAAGGAAGACCGUGAGACGUGCCAAACAGCUAGACGACGACGACGACGACGGCCCUGUUGCUGAAAGCAGCAAAAGCAAAAGAAAAUCGACUGUGGCAAAGAAGGUUCCUUCAAGUCGGCCGCAAUCCGCGCUUCCUGCUGCAAAAAAGAACGAAGGCAAGGCUGGCGUACGUUCUGACAGCCCUGACGAUGAACCAAAUGGGGGCCGUAGCCUGGCUCUCAAGAAAAGGAAGAGACAGAGUGAUAUCGAUGCGACAGAGGUAGCUCAACCAGCGGAGACCGACAAGCCGCCUGCAGGUAAUACGCGAAGUAAGACGCGUGCGGAGGCCAAGAGGACGCGGAAGGGAUGA